CUGGGGCUCAGCCGGGGCUGCAAGCGCUGACUGCGGCGGUUCCUCCUCGGGCAUCGCGGGGACUGGGGUUGCCAGUGGGCCGGCGCCGCUCGGAAAGGUGCGGAGAGGAGGAAGAGAAGGAGGAGGAGGCGGCGGCGGCUGCUUCGCCGCGGUGCCCGCCGCUGGGUUUGCAGAUCCGCUCGGGGCAGGCGGUGGAGCGCGGGGAGGCACCGGGGCGCCGCCGGUAGCCGGCGAUGAGCAGCUGAGGCGGGACGGGCGGGACGCGCUGCUCGGCCCGGCUCUGACGGCGACUCUGAGCCGCCGCACCCUGCUCCCGCGCCCCGCGCCCCGCCCGGGGCCGGCGAUGGCGGAGCAGCCGCCCGCGGGCCCCCCGCUGAUCUUUUGCCAGGACUCCCCGAAGCGCGUCCUGGUCUCCGUUAUCAAAACCACGCCGAUCAAGCCCUCGUCGCGGGGCCGCGGCGAAGAGCCGGCGCCCACCCUGCCCGUGCCCACCAGCCCCGGCUUCAGCGACUUCAUGGUCUACCCGUGGCGCUGGGGCGAGAACGCCCACAACGUCACCCUCAGCCCCGGCGGCGCUGUCGCCCCCGCGGCCCUCCCGCCGCCCCGCGGGGGAGCGGGCAGAGCUCCCGCCGCCGCGGACGAGGAGGAGGAGGCGGCGCGGAACCCGGGCGGCGCGCGGCACCGACACGCGAAGGAUGGGAUAAGGCGUGGCCGGCCAAGAGCAGACACCGUCCGCGACCUGAUCAAUGAAGGAGAGCAUUCGUCCAGCAGGAUACGUUGCAAUAUCUGUAACCGUGUCUUUCCGCGAGAGAAAUCCCUGCAGGCCCACAAGCGAACUCAUACCGGUGAGAGGCCGUAUUUGUGUGACUACCCAGAUUGUGGGAAAGCCUUUGUUCAGAGUGGGCAGCUCAAAACUCACCAGCGUCUCCACACAGGGGAGAAACCCUUCGUCUGCUCAGAGAAUGGCUGUUUAAGCAGGUUCACGCAUGCAAACCGUCAUUGUCCCAAACAUCCAGAUGCCCGACUGAAGAGGGAAGAGCUGACAGACAGGUUGAGUAAGAAGCAGACAGCUGACAAUAAAGCUGUGGCUGACUGGCUAGCAAAGUACUGGGAGAAUAGGGAACAACGCGCUCCUGCUUUGAAAACUAAAACAAUCCAAAAAACGGAUCAGGAACAGCAGGACCCAAUGGAGUAUCUUCAAUCUGAUGAAGAGGAUGAUGAAGAGAAAAACAGUGCUCAUUCAGCUGCUCGCCGCCGCCGCCUCCAGGAACAGCGUGAACGCAUGCAUGGUGCACUGGCUCUUAUUGAGCUUGCAAACCUAGCUGUGGCACCCCUGCGACAGUAGAUGGGAACAGAGUCUGCCUAUAGAAAAUGUACUUCCUGGUGGUACUUAACCAGUUAGAUCCUGGGCAUAAGCUAAGCACCUUAUUUGCUUAUUAUAGGCUGCUAUUCUGUAGAAUUUAUGAAGAAUGUUGUUGCCCCAUCACAUGGGGAAAGAGAAUUGCACUUUUUGUAAGGUAAAAGACAGAUGUAAAGUUUCUAAGUAUUUUGUAAAUAUGGGACUGCAUAAUGCAGGGUUGACAAAUUUAUGUGUUGUGGGGAGCUAGAUUUUGCAAGGUUAACUCAUUUAUUUGAAGCAGUUUCACAGGAAGCACUUUCGCAAUUAGCGGAAUGGUACACGUGGCUAAAGAAGGCUGACAGAAAAGUAUUUAUGUGACUCGGCAAAUUUAUACUAAGUGGUAUAAAUAUUGUUAAACAGCAUUGAAACCAUGUUUUUCUAAUAUCUGUGUUUUUACCUAGUAUCACUGAGACUGAGAGCUUAGUUAUCUCAGCUUGCAGAGGGGAAGGAACUGCUUUGUGUAGUAAGCUGUAGGAUUGUUCGGGAUCUUCACAGUGACUGCUCAAGGUAUGAGGCUUGACUUUGCUGUUUUAUGUUUUCUGAUUUGAUUUCAGCAGAAUCUCUUGGUAGCACUUGUUAUUCCUAACGUGAUGUUAGGAAUUUUUGCACAUUUUUGGCUUUAUCUGAAAAUGAUUAGUCUUGCAAAGUCUAGACAAAGGUAAACAAUUGGUAAUAUUUUUUUCAGAUAUUUUUGGACCCUGUAGUGAUUUGGCACUUGAAUUUGGUAAUAAAAGGGGGAUUUACAGGGUGGUGUGGUUUUGUAGUAAACUGUUCUAGAUCUCCUAUUAGCAAACACUAAGUUUUGAAGUAUUGCUUUUAUAUGAUUAUUAGCAAAUAGAAGCCUUUGUACUUUCUGUGCAUAAAGCCACCUUAUUUGCUUUAUUUCAGGAUAACAUGCCAAUUUUGUGUUCACUAACUGUAGCACAGCUAUUAAUUAAACACUGCAGAAAAGUAUUCACUAUAUGAAUAGAAAAUAGGCUUCAAAUAUAGUUACAAGUGUGUGAACAGUGUGAUUUCAUUUAUUCCCAACAUAAAUGAGAUUACAGAAUGCUGACUAGUAAUCAGAUACCAAUAUAAAAUGUUUAGCAGGAUAUCUUGUUACUUUUAAUGUUAUAUACUUUCAGAUAGCAUUGCAUUGUGAUCUUUUUCUAUAUUUUGCUUUGAAGGUAACCAGAGAUUCUUAAUAUGCUAACGAAACUUUGUGUUUUGGUUGGAGUUCUUGUGUGUUUUUUUUGUUGUUGGUUUUUUUUUUUUUUUCAUUAAGCUGUUGCUUUAGGGGAUAUUAAAUGAUCUGAAUUUACUGACCUGCUUUAACUCCUUCCUCUUGUUGAAGGUCAGGAAAUUCAGUUGAGAAGGGAUGCCACUUUCCCUCUCGCUUACACUAGAGGAAGGAAUCAUUUUAUCAGUCAUUUGGUAUAGACUGACCAGGUGCAUACAGCUGUUCCAGAAAAGUUGCAUGAUUUUACACCAGCAACUGCAACUGUUGGAUUAUGUUCUCUGGUGAUUCAUAAUGUGUUGUGGUUAGAAAUCUCAUUAAGCCAGUUUGCUUAAAUGAUGUCUUGAUGCACUUAAGAAUAAUUGAAUAAUUAAAACAAAUCACUUUCAUUGAAUGUAAUAACUUUGCACCAGUGAUACGGUUUAACUUUUUCUUUCAGCUCCUCAGCUUAGCUGACAUCAGGCCCAUUUGUUUCUGAUUUAAGUUUUUUAGGCUCAAAAAUAUGAAAUACUUUGGUUAUUCUAGGCUUCUUAGCCCAUGUAAGACUAAUGUUUCAGUUGGGUAGGUUUGGAAUUUUUCAGAUAAGUUUCACGCUUUUGACUGUUCAGUUGGCUACAGGCAAAUAGUCUGAUCCUAAAAUGAGCCCUGCGCAUAAAUCUGUUGUACUUCUGAGUCACAGCUCAGACUAGCUCCUGACUAGUGUUUCACAGGAGACGAGACUCUUAACUACCAGCCAGUUGCAGACUGGAAUCUUUUGGCUUCAAUGGGAUUGAUUUAUUAUUGUCUUUUCUCCCAGUCGGCUGUAAUGCUUCGGGCAACUUGUGGAAUAUUUCAUCAAGUAUGACAAGUACACUGAAUUUUACUUGGCUGUAGAUAGAAUUCAGACAGCUGGAGCAAUUUUGCGUUGUGACAGGUUGUGGUUAAAAAAACAAGUAAAAAAAAAAUAAUUGAGACUGGAAGACUGCUGUUUGUUUUAAUACGAAGUGAUUACAUACAAGAAAUCUUGAAGUGUUUAAUGCUUCGUAAAAGUAAGUUGUAGUUUGGCAUGACUUAACAGCAGGAGCGUGGAUGUGCUGUCAGUUUAAUAAAUGCUUUGAAUAGAAACUA